AUGCCGAAAAAGCAAUUUCUUCGAGAAAGCAAGUCAAAAUCCAAGCAUGCGCCGAAGGCUCCCACCACGGCCGACGAGUGGCUUGCGGAGGGUGUUGAUUUUGAAGAAGCGGGUGAGAAAUGGAGAGGCGGUGAUGCCACAAAGUCGAUGAGAUUUUUCGGAAAGGCAAUUGACGCUUAUGAAACCGGUCUAAGGAACUUCCCUGAUUCUUUCGAUCUGGCAUACAACAUUGCUAGGCUGAGGUAUGAAGUGACUCAGUAUCCAAAAUUGCUGAAACAACUUCCUCACGGCACAUGGACACUUGCAUCCCUUCUACAGCAAGCUCUAGAUUCAAGUCGAGCUGCUAUUAAUUUAAAAGCAGACGAUGCCGAUGCUCAAUUCAACACAGGCCAAAUUCUCUCAAGCCUCGCAGCUGAGGUUGCUGCAAACAGCAUCUUCCAAGGUUCUGAGGAUACAACUUCUUGUUCGCUAUUGGAAGAAGCAGUUGGAUUCUUCAAUCGCUGUUUCGCUAUUCAACAAGCUGAGUUUGCUAAAUUUGAGGAACAAAUUGCCUCUGCGAAUGCCAGCGCUUCGUCUGAACAAACAGAAACAGAAGACGCAAAGCAACCAGCAGCGCAAGGUGCCAGCUCAGAUAUAACAAGCCAAAAUCAAAGUGGCAAAGAAGAACAAUGGGUAAGUGUAAGAGAGCCUGUCACGAGAAACGAUGUACUCGAUACUAUUAUUGCGCUCGUGGAGACAUUAAGUACCUUGUGUAGUCGGUCAAGUCGCCUUGGAGGAGGCCAAGCUCCGAAAUUUCUCCAUACAGUUGAAGAAAUUGGUACACCAACAUUACGAGAGCAGUUAUCAUCACUUUCCCAGCUUACAGAGCGAGGUCUAGAUGGCGCAAUAGCUCAAGCAAGUCUCAUUUCGGCUGUCUCCGAGGCGAAAUAUCGAAUGGGCUUGCCAGGAAAUGAUUUCGAGGCAUAUAUUAACAACAUCAAAACUGCUUGGUCUAAUAUCGAUCUUCAGAACCACGCACAAGGCCUAUGGAACCGUGCGGAAACAUUUACGACUGCGAGUCAAGCGAUAUCUGAUCAUGACGGCCAACUGGGAUCUGGUAGCUCUAGCACAAUCUCCAAAAUCACGAAGCUUCAAUGGGAAGCAUAUUCUCUCGCUGCCACCGAUUUAACUACUGCUUCCAAAUUUCGUGAUGACGAUAACAUUGGCAAGAUCUUCAUUACAAGAGGCGACAUCGAACUUUUGCGAGCCGCUCUUGGGCGCGGUAGCAAUGCGUUUCCAGCUGCACAAAAGAACCAAGAAAUACUAAUCAAAAACGCUGAAAAGUAUUAUCGUGGCGCUAAGGUACUCACCGAAAGUAGUAGGGAGAAGGAGGAGAACGAGGAAGCAACCGUCAAGGAGGCUGUAGUCAAGGGCUUGUUGGGGGACUCAAGUGCACUUGGAGCUGUCAGGUCAUCUGUUGGCAGGAUGGAUGAAAUAUUGAGGGAUGCUGUGAACGAUGGGUUAUUUGAUGAAGGACUGUUAGCUUCUUUGCCGCUUAAUUGCGAGGUAACUACGUAUCAAGGUCUUGCAUUACCUUGA